UGUGAAUAAAACGACAAAGUAAAAAAUUGUAAGUUAUUAGGCGUUCAAACUGUUUAGAUCUUAGGUUAUUGCAACAUCGCAGAGCCAGCAGGUCAUCGUUCACUGAUUCGAAAGUAAAAGCCUUUUGCAAUUGUCAUAGCAAAAUGAGUGCCGUCACCAGCACCGAUCCAGCCAUCAACGGCAUGGUCCUUAGCCGGAGCCAGACGCUUUGUCGCUACUACGUACGUGGAAUCUGCCGCUUUGGGGAGCUCUGCCGUUUCUCACACGACCUGACCCUUGGUCGCCCCGAAUGCGAGCAGCAAGUUACCACCGAGGUGCCUCCAAAGCCCAGUACCAGCAGCCAUAGUGCCAGCACCAGCACCUCCAGCCAGCAGAGGAACUGGGCUAAUGCACCGGUGUUCGUGCCUAGCCAAAAGCGGAAUCCUGCCCAGGAACAUCGCGAGGAUGAGGCCACCGUAUGCUCAGAAUUGGAGAGGUGGGAACAGCCUGAAGCACCGUACGCCGUCUUUCAGCCCGGGGCCUCGUGGGCCGAAGUAGUGGGUGGGCCAUCAUCUGUAAACAAAAAAGGCGACUACUCCGACAUGAAUCCCGCUUCGCUGGAGGAGGUUUGCCCGAACGAAAGUCCCUGCGUCUGGGGCGAGCACUGCCCCUACCGUAUUCACAUGGAGCUGUGCGAAAUGUGCGACCAACAUUGCCUGCAUCCAACAGACCAAGCUCAGCGCAAGAAGCACAACCGCGAGUGUUUGCAGCAGCACGAACAAGCCAUGGAGCUGUCUUUUGCCAUCGCCAGGUCCAAGGACAAAACGUGCGGAAUCUGCUUCGAUACGAUCAUGGAGAAGGCUGGCAGGGAAAAGCGUUUUGGUAUCCUCCCCAACUGCAACCACAUAUUCUGCUUAGAGUGCAUUCGCACAUGGCGCCAGGCUAAACAGUUUGAGCAUAAAAUUACGCGAGCUUGCCCCGAAUGCCGCGUGUGCUCGGACUUUGUCUGUCCCAGUGCGUUUUGGGUGGAAACCAAGGAGGAAAAGGACAAACUGCUCAAUGAUUACCGCGCUGCCUUAGAAGCCAAGGACUGCAAAUACUUCAAGAAAGGCGAAGGCAAGUGUCCGUUUGGUAACAAGUGUUUUUACAAGCACGCUCUGCCUAAUGGAGAUAUAGUCGAUGUGGGACUGCCGAAGCGAACCAGAAAGUUACAGAGCCAGAAUGAAAUCAUCGAUUUACUUGAUAUAUAUCUAUGGGACUAUGUAGAUCAACGCAAUUAUCACUGGCUGGAAAUAUUAUCAAGCGAAAUAAGCGAAAGCUCCGAUUACUCGGAUGAAGACUAAGCUUCUGGAGCAGAAGAAAACAAUAAAGCAACAACAACCCAAAAGCAUACUAAUUUGGAUACACAUCCCCGGAAAAUCGUCAUCAAUACACAAACGAUCUAUAUAAAUGAUACUGAACCAAAUAUCGAAUGCGAAAUUAAACAAAAAAAUGUAUUUGGGUACCAAAUUUAGGUUACAUAAAUAUUUAUUCUCCACUUAAUGCAACGAAAUUUACAGCAACUUUUCCGUACUUGUAUUAAAUUAAAUUAAAUUAUACUUAAUACCAUUAACAAGUGGUUCAACUUAAACCUAAAGGAAUAUUGAUAUAUCAUUACACAAUUAAAAAAAUUCACAAUUUUAGAGGUAAACAAGCAGUAAACAGUACAUUUUCAAAAUAGGUGAUAUAAAAUGUGUAAACUAUGCCUUUCAGACUGAAUUGUAAAGAUAAAAAUACAUUCUUAAUCGGUUUUCUACUCAUUUUUUGCAGUUUAAAAACUACAACUAAGUGAAACGCACAUAGCAAACCAUAUAAGCACGUCAUUCUGCAUAACUGCAGACAUCCAAACCUCGAAUGAGUUAGUGUAUCAUAACCGAGCAGAAACUGUUCCCAUUCGUCGAUAAAUAAAAAAUUUUGUUAUUGUUAUGAGCCUUUGUGUUAGAGUAUUACUGUUGCAUACCUAUAACUCAGUAUAUUUGUAAUCGUUGGCCACAAGCGUACUACCCAAACCACUACAAAUAUUAUAUGUAUAACAAAUAUAUUGUAUAUUGAUUUUAAGUUUAUACUUUCGAAAUGUACCUCUUUCAAAUGUUUUGUUUUUACUUAUAAAAAUGUAAUAUGUUGUCGAUUAGAAAAGCAACAAUUAAAUAAACUAAGGGAAUUAACAUAUAAACUCAACAUGUUGAAAAACUAAAACAUAAAAUCAAUGUAACAAUUACUUGAAAAUCUCAAUAAUUGCAUCGACUAUGGCGAUUUGUAUGUGAUUCAUAGUUGACAAACAGAAAACAUCUUAUGAAUAAUUGGUAAUAAGUACAUAGAUUUAAAAUCAUGCAUAUGAUCGUUAAAGUAUGACAUGAAUGAACCAAUCAGUUUAACAAAUACACGCUAUCGCAAAAGCUGCAACGUAAUGCCUGUUCUGUUCUUAUUUAAUUUCGAUGUAAUGUACCAAAAGAUACGACACUCUGUAUAACCGUCUAGGAUAGUUUUUCCUUAUAAAUGAGCGGGCGGAGGAAGCAUAUUUUAGUUAAGUUUAAUAUUAAUUUUUUGUGAAACAAUAUGUUUGUCCAAUAAGAUUUCUUAAAUAGUAAAACCUAUCCAGAA